UGCUGGGUUUUAUGAUAACCCGGCUGUGGGGAGGGUUGAUUGAUUGCCCUUUAGAAGAAUUCUAAAGAACGAAGAAAUGUAUGAUGGGAUGUGAUGGUUGAUGUCUCGCGACCGAUACAGAGCUUAUCCUUUCGAACCCGGCUCCCUUCUUUCUCGCACGAUUAGAGAUCGUGGGAGAGGAAGGGUGGGGAGGGAAUGGAUUUCAAGGCAUGGACCUCGCCUUGCGCUCCACCUUGCAGUGCGAAUUUUGGGGAUUGGGGUCUACGGGGGAUGAAGGGAGGAGGAGAGGAAUAAGGUGUGAUUGAUGGAUGGGUAUCUCUGGUCUUGAUUUCAGCUUCAUUUGU